GGCGCCACGUCGGCAGAAGCAGCAGAGUGAAAAGAAGAAGAGGAACGGAGUGCAGCCUGGAGGAGUGAGAGAGCAGAAGUUAGAUAGCAUCACAUUCAUGAGAUAAAGAAGACAUUAAACAGUUUUAUCAGACACAGAGAGAGGAGGAAAGAUAGACAUUUACAGCAGAGUCAGGCUCGGAGGCUGAAACAAGAAGCUGCUCCUGUCUCAAGUUUCUCUGCCAGGUGUGUUUGCAGGAGAAACACUGGGAACAAUGGUGAAGAAUGUGAACAGCAUCAACGUAGAGCCCCAGCCCGGGACCAGCCUGGCCACGGACGAAGCUGAACCCGCCUCCAUCCAGCCCACAGAGGAUGCUGGUAAGGACCACGAGGCUCCUCCUCCAGGCGUGAUGUGGCGAGUGACUGGCGGCCUCUUCAACGUCACAAAGGGAGUUGUCGGCGCCGCCGUGGGUGGAGUCGCCUGGGUGGGCGGCAAGAGCCUGGAGCUCGGCAAAACUGCUGUGACCACGGUGCCCUCGAUGGGGGUGGGGCUGGUGAAGGGCGGCGUUUCUGCUGUAGCUGGUGGCGUCUCCACCGUGGGAUCGACGGUAGCUAGCAAAGUCCCGUUUACAGCCAAGAGGAAAGACAAGGCUGAGUGAGGAAGAUUGUGAAGACGAUUAUUGAUGAUGAUGAUGUUAGACUCGCCCCGCCCUGAGCCAACAGACAGAGACUGCCAGCUGACACCUGUCAAUCAAACUCCACAGUGCCUUCUCCUACCUUCAUCAGUCUGCAGAAAUCCAGACUCUGAUGCUACUUUCAGUGCAGAAUAUUACAGAAGGGCUCCGUUAACAAUAGAAACCAACAUUUAUAAGAAACUUUCAGUCAAACGUCUCAAAAAAAGCUUCUCAUCUGACUCUGAGUUCUUCUUCUGGACAUGAAUUUCUGGCUCCGGGCUGGUUACACGAACUGGAAUCCACUUCAGAAGCCAGUGGACGCCUCUAUGAAUAUUUUAUCUGUUUACAAUCCAGACUGAGGCCGCUCUAGUCCUCUUUCUUCUCUUUUCAAACUUCACACAUGUUGGUGGAAUGUUGCUGAAUAAAAAUGCUGAUUUUUAAUCUUGUAUUGAAGUUCUAUUGACAAGAAAAAGUGUUUGUUGUUACAAAAGAAAAAAUGUUUCAGUGCUGGAAGCAGGGGAUCAGAAACCUUCUUCAGUCUGCAGCCUUCCCCGGGUUUGACCUUGUUUAAAUCUUGGGAAACUCCCGAGGCGGAGUUUCUACCCAGCAGCCUCGGUGCUGCAUGUUAGAACAUUUCUCUGUAAUGUGUCUGAAGACUGUAGACUGGAUCAUAAACGCAGGCUCAGGCCUUUUCACAGCUUUGUUUUGUCUCAUUUUCAGUAUGUGUGACUUGUUCAAACGCUGCGUUUGACCUGGAUUCUAGAAAGCAUUCUGCAGCGUUUCAUUGUUGUGUUUUUGAGAGGAAAAGUGCCCGGUGUUGUCUGAACUGUUCCUUUAAUCGGAAGGCGAAAGCUGUGAGACGUUCAGAGCAGAUCACAUUCCUGAGCUUUAAAGCAACACCAGCAUUUCAAUGCAACAUGAGGAGAGAGAGGGCUGUUGCUGAUGGGGCGAAACUUUGUGAAUGUCUUGUUUGUGUCUUAUUUUUUUCAAUAUAUCAAUAAAGUAGUUUG